AUGGUCUCUCCACCGAUGAAGUUGUUGCUGGUUGUUGAUUGUUCCUGGUUUGGAGCCUUGUUCUCUUCUUUCUCUUCCUCCUCCUCUUUCUCCCAAUUUCUGAACCAGUUCUUUACUUUGGAUCUCUGUGGCCCCAAGGACUCUCCUUCAUCCUCCUCCUCCACUGGAUUCUUUGGGUCCAUUUUUUGCCCAUCCUCUACGGGGCUAGGAAGAGAUUCCUCUCUCUCUGGAGUCACAGGGUCAUGGAAAAAGCAGGAUUUGGGAGGCCAAUAUGACAAUGCCAAACAUGGAACUUCAGGUUAUAUGACUCAAAGUGGAGGCAUACCCUGCAAGGACAAGAGUUCCAUAUAUCAAAAUGAAACAGUAGAACCAUGCUAUUUCAGCUCAUCAAUCUACUAUGGAGGGCGAGAAGUUUAUUCUUCAAAUAGCCAGACCGCUACUUCUCAGCACAUUGUCAAGAAAGAUGGUGGAGGUGAUGAUCAGAACGGAAACAACAUAAAUAGUGCUUCAAGAGGAAAUUUUUGGCAGGGGUCUCUGUAUUACUGA